GCAAGACAAGAACAAUUGUGAACAGUGUGGUGUACCGCGCCGCCCCCUUCUAGCCGUCGCUGGGAUCACCCGUGCGACUGCCGGCCGGCGCGGCGCCCGCUGGUAUCGCCCGUGCCGGGGCUGGCGCCGGCGCGGCGGCCGGAGACGCGCAGUAGCUGAUGAGCCCUGGUGGUGAGAGUUGUGACUCAGAGCGGCCGCCGUACCGCGGGUGACUGCGCCUUGCGAUUACCAAUGCAGAGUGUGCCAUUCUGCACCGGCCGCUGAUCAGGACGACCGACGCGAGGCAACGGACUAAACAAACAGCAAGACCAAGCUCUAAGUUGUGAAAAAUACUCAUCACAACGGUGCAGACUGACGGGUACUAGCGGUGCUUUAGUGAUCAGAGUCGCUUUAAAAUCACGGAGGAGUAACGGAGGAGUAAACGGUGUACAUCAAGCAUCGUGAAGUUUGAAACAAGUGGUGGCGCCAAGGCGAGUGCCCACUGCCCGAGUGGAUUGGACUAUCGCAAUCAGCGAGACUAUUUGUACAUUCGAUAGGCCGAGGGUUAUCUGCAGGCCUGUCAAGUUUGCACAGGGUGGGGUAACCACUCCACGCUGACAGUCGGACCUGACUGUGGUCGGCAGUAUCCUCGGCAGUAUCAAGAACAGCUGUGCGAUCAGCUUUUGGAGUAGCUGAGCCUCAGCAAAGACCCGAGCGUUCGUCGUGGCGCCAAACAGCCACCACGACGCGACAUGUAUCGUUUUUAGUGCGAGUGUUUCACUAUUCUUCAUCUACGUCUCAGAGGCAUCACCGUCAUCUUCCGCCUGACGCCUGCAUUGUGUAAAACAGCAACAUCAUGCCUGAUUCAGAAGCACCGGUGAUUGGUAUUGACCUGGGCACUGCAUAUUCAUGUGUAGGAGUUUUCCAGAACGGUAAGGUGGAGAUCAUUCCUAACGAUCACUUCAACCGCACGACGCCCAGCUAUGUGACGUUCAACGAAAUGAAGUGGCUUGCUGGAGAGGUCGCCAAGAAUCAGUGGCCUAGAGACCCGGAGAACACAGUCUUCGAUGCUAAGCGCAUGAUCGGUCGUGACUUUGACGACGAGGAACUGCGAAGGGACAUGAAGCGAUGGCCGUUUAAAGUGCUUAAAGACCGAGGAAUUCCGAAGGUCGAGGUGCAGUACAUGGAAAUGACGAAGCUGUUCACCUUCGAGGAGAUGAGCUCCAUGAUGCUCACUAAAAUGAAGUCGACGGCCGAGGCCUACCUCAAGAAAACGGUCACCAAAGCUGUCAUGACGGUGCCGGCUCACUUCACUGAUGCCCAGCGCCAGGCCACCGAGAAAGCUGGAAAAAUGGCCGGCCUGGACGUCAUGGACAUCAUUGACGAGCCCACUGCUGCCGUGCUGGCAAACGGCCUGGACAGGAAGCUAAAGAAAGGGCAGAAGGUACUCAUCUUCGACUUGGGAGGUGGCACGUUCGAUGUCUCCGUUCUCGCGUAUACAGAUCAAGGCUUCCAAGUGAUUUCCACGGCGGGCGAUACACAUUUUGGAGGCGAUGACUUCGAUUACCGACUCGUCAAUUAUUUCGCAAAUGAGUUUAAGAGUCAGCACAAGAUAGAUCCCCGCAACAGCCCCAUGUCGACGAAGAGACUCAAGUUGGCGUGUGAAGAGGCGAAGAAGACUCUGUCGAACUCUUUGGGGGCUCACAUCAAACUUAACUCCCUGUUUGAGCGGAUCGAUUUUGCAGGGAAGGUUUCUCGGGCCUGUUUUGACGAACUCUGUGAAGAUCUUUACCGAAAAACACUGGAUACGGUUCAGCGCGCUCUGGAUGAUGCAAAUCUGAAGAGAACUGACAUCGACGAAGUUAUCCUCGCCGGUGGCUCGACGCGUAUUCCGAAGGUCCGCAAGCUUCUUAAAGAUUUCUUUGACGGCAAGAAGCUAAAUCUUCGCAUCAAUGCAGUGGCGUUCGGCGCCACAGUCCAGGCGGCUAUUCUCUCCGGACAGGAUGUUUCCGGUGUGGAUCGCCAGAUUGACGUGAUCCCAUACUCACUAGGGGUACAAGAGGAUGAGAACCACCUCCAGAUACUCAUCAAACGCAACAGUGAGGUGCCCAUCAGAGUUGCGCACGAUUUCGUCUUGGGAGAAGACGAUCAAACCACCGCAAAAGUUUACAUCUACGCGGGAGACCAUCCUAACGCUCGCAGCAAUCAUCUCCUAGGCGAGUUUCUGCUGGAUGGCAUCAAACCCGUAAAACGCGGCGAGAUGACGCUCAAGAUCGUCUUCGACGUCGAUGCCUAUGGCAUUAUGACAGUAACCGCGAAAGAAUGCGCGAAAGACUCGAAGUCAGGAAAGACAUCGAAAGGAUCCACGAAAGACUCUAAGUCAGGAACGUCAAAAGAGAUUAAGAUCAACUGCAUUUACCGCCUCGGACCUGAAGAGCUGGAGAAGAUGCAGGAGAAUGCGGAAAGGAUGGAGGCGGAAGCAGAGGAAGAGAAGGAGAAAAGACGCCAAGAAAAAGACAAAGAAGAACGGGAAAGACGCCAAGGAAAAGACAAAGAGGAACGGUUCAACGCCAGUUUGGAGGGAGACGGUCCUCGUGAUGAUGGGAGAUCGGAAGUCCGAGGAAAAAGUGAAAAGGGCGGUAGGGAGCUCAAUGGAGGCUCUGCGGAAAGGAAAGGUGACACUUCUCCACAGGCUGGACGCAAACGAAGCAAAGACAGAAGGCGGAAAAGUGGAAGUUUCUCUGAAGACGGUAGUCGUACCAGCGGGGGCCACGCCUCGCGAACUCGUCGAAGCGAAAGAAAGGACGAAAAACGCAAAAGUGACGCCUCCACAGCUCAAGGUAAAGACCGUGCCAACGGACGUAAAAGUGACAAACAGCGCGAAACAAAGAAGCGUGAAAAGGACGCUGAGCGUAAAGGAAAUAGAAACAGAAGGCGCAAGAGCGACAGUUCCUCUGAAGACGAUAGUCGGAGCAGCGGAAGUGAUUCACCAUCGACCCGUCCGAGGAGAAAAAGGGACGAAAAACGACACAAGUGACGUCCCCACUGAUGACGAAAAAGACCGAGGCCGCGGACGCCAGAGCGGCAACCAGCGCGGAUCAAAAGGAGCGUGGUGAGAGAGCGUGGUGUCGCACUUCCUACGAUCGGUGGUCCUCGCCCUCAAACUGUCCGAGCUAUCUCAGUCAGUCCCAGUUCCAAACUAUCCGACCAAGCUGAGGAGCACAAAGACCCUGACGAAGACGAGAAGCCUUCGUCAGACAAGGUGGGCAACGACCUGCUGCUUACCAUCGAGAACCUUCUAGAGGGAGAACCGAAAUCGUCGAAAAAAGGAGCGUGAAGAGGUUCGCCACCGGUGUUUCAUCGGUCUUCUUGCUCAUGUUGCCACGAGCCCGACAAGGAAGUCCGGUCCCGAGCUCGGGAUUUACGGCGUCAGCUGGACGAGAAGUACGGAAAGGCCGGGAAGAAAUCGGCCAGCGAGCCCAAGAAGAAGAAGCCACCUCUGCGUGAACGAGCGCAGAGCUAUCUGUGCCAGGUGGUGCAGACUAUCGUGGAGGCUGAUCUUAACGCUGAUGAAGACGAUGUGGACACUGUCAACGAGAUGUGUAUGUGUAGGAGGUGCAAAGCUAUUCAUUUUUUCAUUUCAGGAAUAAGAAGUGCUUUGUAUUUAACAUUUGAUGUAAUAUACCAUGAAGAUGAAUGAAGAUAUAUGAAGAAGAGCAUUACAUAAAACACUUGUGACGUGAUAUUGUGCUCGUCUCCGGUGAUGGGACUAGUGGGAUUCAUUCCGGGACUGAGCAGCUGCGCCUUUCCCGCCGAUCAGGGAUCGUGCUCGUGCCGCAGAAGGAUCAGCAGUGUUUGGUCCGGAUACUGGACGGCCUGUAAGAUGUGACGGAGCAGUGCGAUGACACGAACGUACUUUGCGAGCCGUGUGGCGUGUGACGGCGCAAGGUUCGCCUAGAAACAGCUCAUGUUAUUGAACUUUGCUUCUUUGACGCUGACUGCAUAUGUGCGGGUUGGUUUUCUCGUGUGUUAUUUUGCAAUGGCUCGAUGUCGGUCUGAAAGGCUUGUGUCGGGGUCGGCCAACCCUUAGUCAGUUCAUUGCGCGCUGCUUGCUCGCUUCAUUGCGCUCGCAAUGCUUGCUGCGUUGCGCUCACUUCUUGCCAACGCAGUUAGCAAACGAUGUUUAUUCGCCAGCAUGUUAAUGUUAUGUUUUUAUGUGUCUCGCAUUACCUAAUUUAAAACAAGAGUUUUACUUGGACUGGCAGCUACUGCCUCUCAUCCUUUUGCAUGCCUACAUAGGUGACUGAUGUGAAGCAUUGAGCAUCUGCCUCACUGUUAAGUGUUAGCGUUGCCUUCUUCGCCUGGAGAGACAUUGUUUUGAAGGUGUGUGCUGUAGGAGGUAUACAGUUAUUCUUUUUUUCAUUUCAGGGAUAAGAAGUGCUUUGUGUUUAUAGUGGCUCAUGCUUAUGCCACGAGAUGAAGAAAAACGGUGGAAUUAGGUCACGAACUGUCUGUCUGACAGAAUCGAUCGAACAGCUGUUCCACGAGCAUUAUCUUAUUUGAUUCUUAUUGAUUUUCGAUGAUUUUGACAAUAAAUUUUAUUUUGUCAGAUUUUCUUUAU